CUCGGCUCGUUAAUUCCAGUUGUGACCCGGGAGGGAUCGUUCUAUCCAAUUUCCGUUCAUCUUCGACCCGUACUCCUCCUGCAUGCAAUUCCCACAGACACCCUCUCCAUCCCUUCCACUAUAUCGAGUCAAUAUAUAUAUGGUCAUGGACAAAACAGCUCAACACCAACACAACAUGUUACCAGAAAGAGUCCUUCUGCAUCACUCCGAUAAAGCCCCCCUCCCUCCUGUCUCUGUACAUAUUGAUGUCCACGAGGAUCACCAUCAAAACCAAACUCUCAUCAAAGAUUCCUGGCUCCCCAUCACCCAGUCGAGGCAUGGCAAUUCCUUCUUUGCUGCUUUUCACAUCCUCAAUUCCAACCUCGGUUUCCAAGCUCUCAUGCUACCCUCUGCCUUCGCCGCUCUUGGCUGGGCAUGGGGCAGCGUAUGCUUCUCGCUGGCAUUUGUUUGGCAGCUCUACACCAUAUUCCUUCUUCUUCUCCUGCACGAAUCCGUCCCCGGGCUUCGCUACAGCAGAUUCCUUUCCCUAGCCACGGCUGCCUUCGGUCAAAGGAUGGGUAAGGUGGCGGCAUUUUUCCCGGUAAUGUAUCUGUCGGGAGGAAGCUGCGUGAUGUUCAUUAUCACCGGUAGUUGGACCCUGCAGCUAUUUUUCAAUACAUUUUGUCCCAAAGACACGUGCCACGCGCACCCGUUAAGCGGGGCCCUGUGGUUCUUGGUCUUCACAUCCAUCGCCAUUCUCGUCGCACAAUUAACGCCCAGUCUGAACUCCGUCGCCGGCGUGUCUAUCGUCGGGGCCAUCACCGCCAUCACUUACUGUACCCUGUUCUGGGUUCUCUCCCUCUCCAAAGGCAGGCCCGCCUCCGUUUCAUCCGCUCCCUCCCUCUCCCUGCCCGGGCAUCAUCACCCCUCUCUUUCUAACGUCUCUAAAAGUAUCAACGCCAUCGGCAUCAUUGUACUGUCAUUCCGAGGCCAUAAUGUUAUGCUUGAGAUCCAGGGGACGCUCCCUUCGAGCACAGAAAAACCAUGCAAGGAAUUAAUGCGCAAAGGAGUGAUCGUGGCUUAUGCAGUCAUAGCCAUGUGCGUGUUUCCGCUGGCGAUUGCAGGAUUCUGGGCAUAUGGAAACCAGAUACCGGAGGGAGGAAUGGUGAGCGCGUUUUCGAAAGUGCACGGGCAUCAGGUGACGAAAUUCACGAUGGGGUUAUUGUUGUACCUGCCGAUAACAAUACAUUGCCUGAGCAGCUUCCAAGUCUAUGCCAUGCCUGUGUUCGACAGCUUGGAGAUGGGAUACAUAAAAGCCAAGAAGAAGAGAUGCUCGAGAUUAGUAAGGGGGUGCAUGAGAGUAAUGUUCGGGGCAUUGACUUUGUUCAUAGCGGUGACGUUUCCGUUCCUGCCGAAGCUGGCUGCUCUGCUGGGAGGGAUGACCUUGGUGCCCGUAACGUAUGCGUACCCGUGCUUCAUGUGGGUGGCCAUCAAGAAGCCUCCGAAAGGGGCUUCUCAGUGGUGCUUUAAUGUCGCCCUGGGUUGCCUGGGAUUGCUUCUCUCUCUUCUUCUGGCGGCUUCCUCUAUUUGGACUCUUGCCCGCUAUGGCUUCCACGCUAAUUUCUUCAACCCCUGACCCCGACCCCGACCCCGACCCCGACCCCGACCUAUUCAAUAAUCAACCACGAUUUAUUCUCAUUAUGUCAAUUAAUAUAAUACUAUUAAACAACAUCUCGACCAUUUUAACUAACCCCGAUAUUUAACCGUGUCAUGUUUCGGUGCCCCUUAAUUACAAAAUCCAAUUCCUUAGAAGCAACUUUUAAUUUCCAUGGGCAUAAAAUAUACAUUUUAAGGCAAGCUAAAUGCUUGAAAUAUCUGGAUCUGGAUUCCAUGCGAGGACUAAAUCCUGUCGUCAUCAUAGUUGUCAAAUUAGGUCAACGGCUUUAAGGAGUUUCGUACAGCCAGAUUCGCGAAACACCAAAACCUCCCUUCUUUCUCUCUGGCAGCCUUUGACAGUUUGACUUCUAUUCUUUUUUGCCUUCCCCAUUCAAUGCUGAGACUCGGCGCCGAGACAAAAGAGAGCGAGUUCGACCAGAUCGGAGACUACCGGUGAUGGGAGGGCGAGAAUAGCAAUGACAGGAGUUUGAGAACAAUUUUCAAUAUCGAAGGCAAGAGAUCGACGACAAGAUGGGUUCUGAAGAUCCGAUGAGUAGAGGGGUUUUCAGGAUAGAUGAUAGAGAAAGAAAGAUGACGAAUUGUUUUACGAUAUUCCUUGAGUUCGUCUUAUGAUUUUUGGUUUCUCAAACCGCUUAGAACAAAGGCUGCUCCCUGGUCUCGAUAACCCGACAAAAUUUUGGGACAUCGUUUUUUAAUAUAAUUUAUGUCAAUUCUUACUUAGUUUA